AUGCAGCUGGGCACCGCUCGCUACGGAGCGAGACGUGACCUAGUCAAAUUGGUGAAGCCUGGACACUGCGGCAACUUGGGAGUGCUCCAGGGCACAGCUUACAGCGCCGUGCUGUUUGGAACCCAGGAAAAGACGUCCCGUUGGGAGGCCCGGAUCGAGCAUAACUCAGCAGACUCCACCGGCAAAUGCCGGCGCAUCGUGAAGAAGAUUACCACGGCGACCUGGUUCUCCUACGCCAUUAUGUCCGUCAUCUUGUUCAACCUUAUUUUCCUGGGCAUCGAAGUUAGCGUAACCACGCAGAUGGGCACCAACGACAUCCCAGUCGUGUUUGCAAUCGUCAACGCGACGGUGGUUCUCAUUUUCAUGGUGGAGGUCUGCAUGAACUUUGUGGCGUUUGGAUGUGCCGAGUUCUGCUUGGGAAAGGACCGUGGUUGGAAUCUCUUCGACGUCGUGGUGAUCUCGAUGUCCACCUUGGAGAUCGCCUAUGAUCUCUACAGCCAGGCGACUGACACUUCCUCAGUUUCGCAAUCCGGGGGACAGGUGCUCUUCAUGCGGUCGCUGCGUCUGGCGCGAGCGAUGCGCGGCAUCCGGGUGAUGCGGCUCCUGCGCUAUGUGGCCUCUUUGAGAACUUUGGUCCUGUCCAUCGUGAGCAGCAUCUGGUCGCUGAUGUGGACCGUGCUGCUGCUUAUUCUAAUCAUCUACAGCUUCGCCGUCAUCCUCACACAGUUGGUGAACGACUUCUGCCGCUACGAGUCAGUGCGCCUGGCCCAAGACAGCAACGCAGUGCCCAGCUGCGCUGCCUAUCCCGACCUCCAGAGGUACUGGGCCAGCCUACCAGACAGCAUGCUCACCCUCUUCGUAGCCAUCUCAGGGGGCGUGGACUGGUCUCAGACAAUGGUGCCUCUGGGCGAGGUCUCUGGGCUGGCUGCGACAACACUUUGCUUGUACAUCAUUAUCACGGUUUUUGCCGUGAUAAACGUGGUGACAGGCGUCUUCUGCAAUACGGCCAUUGAGAGUGCUGCUGCAGACAAGGACAUUGCCAUCAUGAAGCAGAUGAAGCAACAAGCAGCACAGGUCGAAGCCCUCCGUGGGUUUUUUGAGAAGAUCCAGACGGUGGAGGGGCCGCAGAAGCAGCGAAGGGCAUCCAAUGACGGGCAGCUGUUUCAGGCUGAGGGUGAGGAGUUGGAGGAGAAUGCGACAGUCUCUAACUUGCUUGUCCAGAAAGGGCGGGAUGAGUCCUCUUCUGGCCCGGAGCUUGAGGUGACUGCCCAUGCAGCAGCUGCAGCCUCCAGACUUCAUUAUCAGGAUGAGCCCGAUGAGGACUCGGACUCCGACAGCGCCACUAGCAUGGCUCCUCUCCCACCGCCGAAGUGGAGCUGUUCUGUUCUCUUGGACAUCUGGGUGGUUGUCAAAAUUAGGGACGUCUGGAGCCUCUUCAUGAUCAUCGACGCGGAUCGGAGUGGCCUUAUCGACCUGGAGGAGUUCGUGGCGGGCUGCAUAUUUGCUGGGGUAGCAAACUCGUGCGGCCGUCCUCGCCUCCCCUUACGCACAGUUCCCAUGGCGUACGAUUGCAGCGGCUUGGAAAUGGCUCGGGUCAUGGGCCGAAUCCUGGAUGAAGGGGGUGGGCUUGUGCGCACCGUGGUUUGCGACAACGCUGGAAAUCAUAACAUCAUCCGAGCGCUUUUGCUCGGAACGCCGCACGGCCUGCCACAGCGGGAAGUUGAAAAGAUCCCAUUCUUCCGGGACAUCCGGUACAAGAAGCUCCCUAGAAGCUUCCUGCCUCAUUUUCCGUUCGCCAAGCCAUGCGUGGGCUCGGAGGUGAUCUUCUUCCUCAAUGUGCUGAGCGUUCACGCUGCGUUUGGGUGCCUCCACUUCGGGACCCAUUUGUGCAUCUUGGUGUCCGUCGCGGAAGCCAGCAUUUUGGCAGCAGCUGCCUUGAUCCAUGUCGCGCCCGUUAUUUACUUGGACCCCGUGGAUGGGAUUGCAGCCGUGUCGGUGGUCGGGCCCUGGCACGGCAAACCACUGAGGAAGGUCUUUGUCAGCAUGCGUUUUCACAGAGGUGUACCGCUGCCGCAGAUGCACUUGCUGAGACGGGUGCUAAAACGGUUCCGCGUGAAGGCUGUCAUUGCCACGCAUGUCUCCGGAACAUGGAAGCGGAAAACAUGGAAGCUGAUCCACGACUGUGACAUAUUCCUUGUCGCCGGCACCAACGAUUUUGGUGUGAACACAGGCCACGAAGCCUGCACCUAUUUCGAGUUACAGGAAUUCGAGAGCCGGGCUCAACUUGCUCCUGAACCGCCCUCCUUCUGCCGUAUAUGGGAGCAGAGUGCGGCACAAAGAUGGGGAUUUGAGCUCGUCAAGCUUCUCACACCGCUGUGGCCCCGCCGGCUCCUGCAGCAUCCUAUGCCCAUCAUGGAGUCCUACAUUGUCGAAUGGCUGCUCUGCGAAAUCUCCAGAACCGAUGAAGAGUUCUGGCGUGUCUAA